AUGGCCCCAAAAGCUGUUCAGACGGCAGAGGAGGCCGCACCGGGCCGAAGCUCGGGAUCCCUCCCGGCCAGCCAACUGCCUUGGGCGCAGAUUCCAAGUUUUGUUGCUGGAGAAACGGACCUGGAUGACUAUGGGAAGAAGCUGACCUUUCUGGCCAGCAUCUGGCCUGAGGAACACAUUGGGCAUUUAGCCCCAAGAGCGGCCCUUCAGUGCGAUCCAGUCUCCUUCAAGAAGAUCUCUCGCAUCAGCCCGGAGGAACUCAAGUCCAAGAAUGGGAACAAAACCUAUGACGUGAACGUCACGGAGACGCCUGGCGAAGAGGACACCAUGGCGGAGACCACCACCAUGGCGGAGACGCCCUAUGAACCGGAGCAAGAUCCCGAACUCAUGGACACCUUGCCGGAAGACGUCCAGGACUAUGAAUCGACAUCGACGAGACCAACGAUCAUGGCAAUGAAAAAGACAAUGGCCCACCACUCCACGGAGGACGAGCUGUCGGGGGAAGAAGACCCGACUUUGGUGUCAGAAACCCGACAGGCCUUGGACUACACCUACAUGAUUCCACCGGGGAUGACCAGCCUCAAGCAGUGGGGACAGGAGAAAAUGAGCACCGGCAAACAUGCCGGUCAGUCAUUCGAUGUGCUGUUCGAGAUGGACGCCAACUAUGUGAAUUUCAUCCUGCGCCACAAAAGGCUCACAGGAGUCGACAUGCGCAGCUUCCAGAAUUACUGCAUGGCCCGUCGGAAGAAGGAAGCGGAGGCAUCACAAAUGCCGGUGAGGAAGACAAAAGGGAAAUCCUCCACCGAGAGCGAGUGGAGCCACAUCGACUGGGAGACGAUGGAGUAUACAGAGUACAUGGAAGCUCAUCAGACCCAAGGACCGAUGACAAAGACCACGGAGAAGAGUCCGGCCAGCUCCAAGGGGACACCUCACAAGAGGGCUCUUCCCAAAGCCAAGGACGAAAAGCCCAUGACCAUCGAGCCGAACCCGCAGCACAUUCAAGCCCUUCAGACUCAGAUCGCAAUGCUCCAGAGGGAACUGGCUCGACACGGCUACGAGAACCAAGAUGCCCCGCCGGUGCCGGAGACCCCGUGA